GCCCGUGAACGCAGCGCAGCCCAGAGGCUUCGUGGUCAGGUGACCCGGCAGCAGGCAGGCCAGUCUCGGCUUCUCCUUGGCUUCGGCACCGAUGUCGGAGGUGUUUGUGACCGGAAGAGAUGGACGCUGGCGAUGCACGGAUUUGAUCGGUCAGACAACCGUCCAGCUGAGUCUGUGAAUGGCGCCAAAACAGGACCCUAAACCUAAAUUUCAAGAAGGUGAAAGAGUCCUGUGCUUUCAUGGGCCAUUGCUGUACGAGGCAAAGUGUGUAAAGAUCAGCAUAAAGGAAAAGCAGAUUAAAUACUUCAUUCAUUACAGUGGAUGGAACAAAAACUGGGAUGAAUGGGUUCCUGAAAGCAGAGUUCUCAAAUAUGUGGACAGCAACCUUGCGAAACAAAAAGAGCUUCAAAAGGCCAAUCAGGACCAUUAUGUUGAGGGAAAGAUGAGGGGUUUAGCACCAAGUAAGAAGAUUGCUGCCGUGCAGCAGAAAAAUGUUGAUCUGAAAGCAAAAAAGGCAAAGCAGAAGACCCCAGGGCCGGGUGAAGGCACCAGCAGCGGAGAGACGCCACAGGGACCACGGAAGAAGAGGGCUCGGGUCGAUCCUACUGUGGAGAGUGAGGAUAUGUUCACAAACCGCGUGGAAGUAAAGGUGAAGAUUCCCGAGGAGCUGAAGCCCUGGUUGGUUGACGACUGGGACCUCAUCACGAGACAAAAACAGUUGUUUCAUCUGCCCGCUAAGAAGAGCGUAGAGACUGUCCUGGAGGACUAUUCAAACUACAAGAAAUCAAAAGGAAACUCGGACAAUAAGGAGUAUGCCGUUAACGAAGUGGUGGCGGGGAUUCGUGAGUACUUCAACGUUAUGCUGGGCACGCAGCUGCUGUACAAAUUCGAGAGGCCGCAGUACGCCGAGAACCUGGCUGAACACCCGGACAUGCCCAUGUCUCAGGUUUAUGGAGCUCCGCACUUGCUGCGCCUGUUUGUUCGCAUCGGAGCCAUGCUGGCGUACACUCCACUGGACGAGAAGAGUCUGGCUCUGCUGCUCAGUUACCUUCAAGAUUUCCUCAAGUACCUGGCAAAGAAUUCAUCCACCUUCUUCUGUGCCACUGACUACGAGGUUGCUCCCCCCGAGUAUCACCGCAAGGCUGUUUGAGAGCUCUCAGCACAGACUCGCUGCUACUGAAGCAUGUCACAUCAUUCUCCCCAAACACAUGUAAAAUAUCCCAUCGCCUCCCUUCUGAGUGCAGACUUCGAUGAGAUUUUUUCACUUGAACUGAUGCACUUACUCCUCAGUGGACUCAGGAGCUUGUUACAUUUGAAACGUCAAAUAUGUUUUUUUGCUCAGCCUCUCUCUCUCCCUCCCCCUCUCUCCCUUUGUCAUUCUGUCCCUCUCACUUCUUUGACACAAGGAAAAAAACACAAUGAAACAUUAGCGUCCACGAGCAGCUCUGUGGUGUUUUAGGUGCAUUCCAUCUGAUAUUUGUUAUUGUUGCAUGCAUGUAUUUAUUAGUGUUUCUUCUGCCACAUGACGUGCACUUAGCGGUUCAUGUUUUUGUACCUGUAUCGUGUGUAUUUGUAUCAAUUUUUGUAAAAAAA